AUGGACGUACCAGGCUUUGCAUUGAUAACAGGAGCUGCCUCUGGCAUAGGUAGAGCAUCCGCGAUCACAUUCGCCAGGGAUGGCGCAGCAGGAGUAGCAUUAUUGGAUCUCAACCAGGGAGCUCUGGAGCAAGUUAAAGCCGAAGUCGAGAAAGCAGCCGCCGAACGGGGGGCAAAAUCCUUGCAAGUCGAAGUAUACACUGUGAACGUGACACAUGAAGACCAAGUUAUUCAAGCCGUCAACAGCGCCGCUCAGAAAUUUGGCCGCCUCGACUAUGUCAUUAAUGCCGCUGGACUUGCUAUGAAGCAUCCUGGUGGCGCGAUAUUCGCAGAAACUAGCGACUGGCAACGCAUCAUCGACGUCAAUCUUACAGGAACAUUUCUGGUCCUUAAAGCGGCGGCGCGGAUUAUGCUGAAACAAGACCGUAUCCUCUCCAGUAUCGAUGGACGCCCAUUGCAACGUGGUUCCAUUGUCAAUUUUGCCUCAAUAUUGGGGGCUGUGGGAGUGCCAAUGUCGACUGCGUAUACUGCCUCGAAACAUGGAGUGAUUGGCCUGACUAAGACCGCAUCGGAAGACUAUGCCAAGGAUGGGCUUCGCAUCAAUGCGAUAUGCCCAGGAUAUACGGAGACACCUAUGACUACUCAAUCGGAGAUAGUCCUGCAAGUAAUGAAGGAGCGAGUAGAGAAUGCUGUACCCAUGAACAGAAUGGGCACUGCCCAGGAGAUAGCCGAUGGCGUAGUCUACCUAUCCGGUGGAAGAAGUUCCUUUGUCACUGGAACUGCACUAUUUGUGGAUGGCGGAUAUACUCAAAGAUGA